AGAAAAGAGAGACCCCUCCAUUUGAGGAACCUUAAAAUUAUUGAUUCUUCCAGUCACUCCCAUAAACCAUACAAAACUUCGAGUCUCUCUUUCUCUGAUUUUCACCUCUACGCCAUUUCAUCACAUACCAACAUCUUCUUUGUUUCGUCAUAAAACGUGAUAACCCUCUGUACAAUUCUCCAUCGAUGGUGAACACUCAAUUUGAGGAAUUGUUGUUGACCCCUCUCAUAAGUAAUCACCCUUUUUACGUGCCUCUGUUUCGAUCUAUAUCGAUCAUAAUGAAUUCCAUUCACCCAAAACUUGUUUACCAUGUUUUAUAUUCCGCUUCCCUUGAUUCUUUUUUCUUUUUAAUUUUUUGCUUUCCUCUUUUCAUGUUUGCGUAUCCAACAAGUGUACUUGUUCAUUGGGUUACUUGUGCUUCCCUGAUCUGGGAAAGUAAAAAAGAAAGGAAUUUUUGUUUGUGCAUGGAGAAGGGUAUUUUAAAUUUUGAUUCGUUUUGGUUGGGAUGAUCAACCUUUUAUUAGUGGCGAUUUUUCCAACUUCGAUCAGGAAAUUCUUUUUUUUUAUUAUGAUUGUAGAAUAUCCCAUCAUCUGGGAAUAGUAAACUUGUCAAAGUUCUAUUCUUUGGGUUCCUUUCAUCCUCAAUUUCAACCCCUCCUGAUUUUUUAGUAUGGUGUCUGUGAAAAGUAAAAUCUAUUUGUCUUUCUGAUCAUCUUCAGUUUCAUGACUAAAUGCUUUCUUUCUUGUGUCUUUGAUUUAUAUGGCGAUUGUAAAUGAAGACAAAUAAUCAUGUAAUUCAGCUGUAUUAAAAAAAAAGUCACUUUUAUAAGUAUGUUUUUUCUUUGUAGGUUUGAGGCCUGAGAUUUGCUAGUCAAAUACAUUCUUGAGAAGUGUUAGAUCCUCUCUUCUGCUGUGUUUGGGCACUGUAUAAAGUUGGCAGUGCCCAUGGAUGCCACUACCAGUGGAACCCCUACUAUCCAAUACCAUAACAUCCCAGAUCAGCCAAUUACCACUAUUGUUGCCACACAAUUGCCUACAUUUCAACGGGAGCAACGACAUUGCUUUGGGGAUUCCAGUCCAGGAGAGUUUCCCUUGUCUGCUAAUCCUUCCAUUGUUCUUCAUCUGCUUACAUCAUACGACUUGUAUGCUCAAGACCUUGCUAAACUUGAGGCAACAUGCUCCUUCUUCAAGCAGCCAGCAAAGUUUGAUCCAGAUUUCGAUUUGUCCUUGUCAGAGCUUGCUGCAUUAGACAUGUGCCAGAAAAGAGCCAUUUUUAAGCCAAUGACGACUCAACAACAGCAAUAUUUGAAGCAAAGAUGUGGUGGUUCUUGGAAAUUGGUUCUGAGGUUUUUGAUGGCUGGAGAAGCAUGUUGCCGAAGGGAGAAAUCACAGGCAAUAGCAGGUCCUGGUCAUAGCAUUGCUGUGACAUCAAAAGGGCUUGUGUAUUCAUUUGGGUCCAAUAGUUCCGGCCAGCUUGGGCAUGGCACCACUGGAGAGGACUGGAAACCUCGACCAAUUAGAGCUUUGCAAGGCAUCCGAAUUAUACAAGCGACUACUGCGACUAGGAGGACAAUGUUGAUCAGUGAUUCAGGGCAGGUUUAUGCCUUUGGGAAAGACUCUUUUGGUGAUGCUGAAAUUGGAACUCAAGGAUCUAAAUUGGUUACAACUCCACAGUUAGUUGAUUCUUUGAAAAACAUAUUUGUUGUGCAAGCUGCAAUUGGAAACUUUUUCACUGCUGUGUUGUCAAGAGAAGGGAGGGUUUAUACUUUUUCAUGGGGUAAUGAUGGCAAACUCGGUCACCAUACUGAUCCAAAUGAUCUUGAACCCCGUCCUUUGCUAGGAGCUCUGGAACACAUACCAGUAGUGCAAAUAGCUGCUGGAUUCUGCUACCUGCUUUGUUUGGCUUGUCAACCCAGCGGAAUGUCAGUGUACUCGGUUGGGUGUGGUUUGGGUGGGAAGCUUGGACAUGGCUCAAAAACUGAUGAGAAGUAUCCUCGUCUGAUCGAACAGUUCCAGCUGUUAAACCUGAAGCCGAUGGUGGUUGCAGCUGGUGCGUGGCAUGCAGCUGUGGUGGGGCAGGAUGGCCGUAUUUGCACAUGGGGGUGGGGUCGUUAUGGCUGCCUGGGUCAUGGUAAUGAAGAAUGUGAAUCUGUACCAAAGGUGGUGGAAGGGUUGAGAGAUGUCAAAGCAGUUCAUGUUGCUACAGGAGAUUACACCACCUUUGUAGUGGCUGAUAAUGGUGAUGUGUAUUCAUUUGGUUGUGGAGAAUCUGCUAGUCUUGGCCAUAACCCCGAGAAUCAUGAGCAGGGAGACAUGCAUGCAAAUGUGUUAAGUCCAAAGCUUGUGACUUCAAUGAAAGAGAUGAAUGAACGGGUGGUGCAGAUUAGCAUGACGAAUUCCGUAUAUUGGAAUGCUCAUACCUUUGCCUUAACUGAAUCAGGGAAGUUGUAUGCCUUUGGGGCUGGGGACAAAGGCCAACUAGGCGUAGAGCUUGGUGCCAACCAGACUGAAAGAGGAAAGCCAGAGCUGCUUGAUAUUGAUCUUAGUUAACUAUGUGUGCUGGUGUACCCCCAAUUCUUUACACCGUGUCAUCCUCUAAUUUAUGCUUACCAUGCACAGUAUUUAGUGUUUCAAUCUCUUGUUCAUUAUGUAAAUGCAUCGACAAGUUCCAAGCUAGGCAUCAGAUGAUAGGGGCCUCUUCUGAGGUUCUUGACAUUAAUCUUAGGCUUCAACUAGAUUAUGAUACUUGAAAAUGGUGAAGGUUUACAUACACUUCAUUCUUGACUUUUAUCAUUUGCUUAGAUCAAGUUGGUUAAGUUUAUUAAUUUGCGAUUCACUUGA